AUGGCCGACCUGUCCACCACGGCACCGCUCACGCGCGCAUCCGUGCAGGCCGCGCAGGCCGUCAUCGCGGCGCACGUGCACCGGACGCCCGUCGUGGCCUCGCAGACGCUGACGGCGCUCGCCUCGACGCCGCGGCCGGACCUGGCCGGCACGCGCUUCGCCUCGGCCGGCCGCGCGCCCGCCCGCCCCACGAUCCGCCUCUGGUUCAAGUGCGAGAACCUGCAGCGCGUCGGCGCCUUCAAGGCCCGCGGCGCCUUCCACGCCGUCGCCAGGCUGCUCCGCGACGACGCCUGGGUGGCCGCCGGCGGGAGGGAGCGCGGCGUGGCUACGCACUCGUCCGGCUACGCAGGAAACCACGCGCAGGCCCUCGCCCUCGCUGCCAGAGAGCACGGCAUCCCCGCGCACAUCGUCAUGCCCUCCGUGUCGGUGCCGGCCAAGGUCGCCGCCACGCGGGGCUACGGCGCGCACGUCGUGUUCAGCGGGAGCACAGCCGCGGAGCGCGAAGCCGUCGCGGCCUCGGUCGUCGCGGCCACCGGCGCGCGCCUCGUGCCGCCCUACGACCACCCGGACAUUAUCCUCGGACAGGGCACCAUGGGGCUCGAACUACAGGAGCAAGCCGCCGCGCUGAUGGCGUCGCCCGCGCGGCCGUACGCCAGCAGCGGCACGGCGCUCGACGCCAUCAUGACGCCGUGCGGCGGCGGCGGGAUGCUCUCCGGCGUGGCGCUGUCGUGCGAGGGCACGGGGAUCCGGGUAUUUGGCGCGGAGCCGUCGUUUGAGGGCGCCGACGACGCCGGGCGCGGGUUCGCGGCCGGGGAGCGCGUGGCGGCCGUGGCGUCGCGCACCGUGGCCGACGGGCUGCGCACGCCGCUCGGCGCGCUCCCGUGGGACGUCAUGUACACGCGCGGGCUCGUGGCGGGGCUGUACAGCGUGAGCGAGGAGGAGAUUGUGGCGGCGAUGCGGCUCGUGCUGGAGCGCAUGAAGAUGGUCGUGGAGCCGAGCGCGUGCGUGCCGCUCGCGGUCGCGCUGUAUGACGAGGACUUUCGCGCCAUGGUCGAGAGAGAGGCUGGCGAGGCCGGGUGGGACCUCGGCAUCGUGCUGAGCGGCGGGAAUGUCGGCGUGGAGGCGCUGGGCGAGCUGUUUGGCAAGGGGGAGUGA